AUGCCACGCGACUCACAUUUAUUACCCGACCACAGCCAGAUAUUACUACGAGCUGCACGAGCUGGGAGGCUCUACAAACGGCCGACGCCGCCGGACGAAGAAAAAGAAGAAAAGGUUGGCGAAGAGGACGAGGAAGCCAAGGAGCCUCAAACCGGCUAUACUACCAAGAAAUGGAGCCAGGUCCCCCGCCACAUGGAAGAGCCAGAACAGGAGUACCUUGCCAAGAGGAGAAAAGGCCUGCCAUCGGCAUUUUCGGGGCAGAGCAGCAAUGGCCAUUCUGCACCCAGCGGGCCGAUGCGAGAAACAAAGGUCAAAAAGACUGAUGCAGACGGCAACGUCCAUAUCUACAAGGUCUUGGUCCCUGAAGGGCAAACGGUGGAAGGCGAAGUUGCUGAAGAAGAUGUGGAGAUGAAGGAAGCAGCCCCAGAAGAGGCCCUGCCUGGAACUGUGGUCGAAGGCGUAGGCGUCGUCAAUGCCGAGGGUGUUGUGGUAGCAAACCAGCCAACGCCUCCAAGACGCAGGCCACCUCCGCCACGUAGAAAGCCCAAGAAGGGACCCGGUAGGGGUCGGAAGAAGGUCAUGUUCACUCCCGGCGAGGGUGCCAACGGUGCAACAACUGGAGCGGAUGGUAGCGCCCAAGGCGGGGAUCCGAACAUUAAAAGCGAGGGGACCCCUGCUCCAGGUGACACACCGAUGGCCGAGGGAGGAGACAACGAUGAGGAAGGUUCAGAUAGCUCUGAGGGCGAGGAGGACGACGACGAGAAUCGCGAAGGGUCACCAACCCCGGGCGAGAAUACGCCGUUGCCAAAAACAGAAGAAUCUGCCACUCCAGCUCCGGCACCAGGGGCCACCGAGUCAGCUUCUGCAUCCGCACCACCUGAGGAAGAACAGAAGCCAGUUGCUACUACCGAAACCUCCUCUGCUGCACCCGAACAGGUCAUUCCCAGGAAACGACGCGCCGAAUCUGACGACCGAGAUGCAUCAAGCUCACCGGACCUUCCGCUCGCAAAAGCGCCUGGCAGUAACAACAGUCGUCAGGCUUCGGAGCAGCGCAAGACAAAAACACCGACGCCUCCAGCGAAGAAAUCAGCAACUCCACCUCAGGCGGCCGAGACCAAGGAAGAACCUGAACAAGCGGAUCAGCCGAUUUCAGCGCCAGAAGUCGCCGCAUCAGAAGACAAGCCCGAGCAACCUCAAGAAGCUCCAAAGGAAAAGACGCCUGAACAGAAAGAGGAGGCACAACCGGAGCAACCGCCUUCGCAGCCGGCAGAGUCGCAGCCCGCCGAGCAGCAGCCGUCGCCUGAGAAGAUGGAUAUCGAUACCACGGUUGAGCAUGCCGAGGCGCAGCCCGAGGCGCGUCCUGAAGCGGAAUCUGAGAUGCAGGUUGAGACGCAGCCGCAGGCACAGGCGCAGCCGGAGCCGGAGCCGCAGCCGCCAGCUGAAAAUCAAGCUGCCGAGAGCGAGGUUGAUAUUUUUGGGAGUUUGGAGCAGCAGUUGGAGAACGAAGGGCAGGGCUGA